AUGAGCGGUAGAUACGAUAGUGAACGACGUGGUAGAGUAGAUGACAGAGAGAGUCAAUGGGCCGAUAGUGAGGGCAGCGAACCGGAAGGAUACAUCUAUGACUACAGGAUUGAUCCAAGAGAUUUGCGGCGACGGAGGCCACAGUUUGAUAACUCACUGGGACAGUUGGCACCAGUAAGAGGCAGAGGAGUACUAGCUGGACCAAGUAGUCGUCGCAGAGGUCAAAGUGUACCACCCCAAUCAAGUGGACUAGGACAAAGUGCACCAUCAAUUCGUUGGAAUACAGAAAGCCCGGUGAAGACUAAUGUUGAAACACCAAGAAGACCAAUUGGUACGGUACCAAGAAGGCAAUUUGGUGUAGUACCAAGAGGACAAAACAGUAUGGUACGAAGAGGACAAAAUGGCAUGGAACCUAAAGGUCUAACUAAUAUGGCACAAGAAGGACAACGCAAUAUGGUACCAAGAAGACAAAAUGGCGUGGCACCAAGAAGACGUAUACUAAGAAGAAGAAGAGCUGCAACACCAAGACGAAAAGCUAGUACAAGACAAAGACGUUCAACCAGUAGAACAUCUAGUAGUUCAAGUGGUACAACUCCAAACAGACAAAGUACCCCUCUACCAGGUCCAAGCGUCCUAGUAGGUCCAAAUGGUCAAUUGUACGUCCGGCAAGCCCGUAGAUCAUUCUCACAAAGCAAAAGCCCUGUGAGAAGAAGUCGUAGCACUGCAAGAAGGAGUCUAAGUGUAGCAAGCAGAAGUCGUCGUCCAGUGAGAAAAGGCCGCAGUACGGUAAGACGUCGUCGUGCUAACAGAAGACAACAAGGUCCAGACGUGUUAGUCGGUCCAAAUGGCAGGAUCUACAACCAAAGUGCUAGAAGAAGUCGCAGCCCAUAUUCUGGGUCCAGUCUCGCUGCAUCUCGAUCAAGGCGUUUACCAAGGAGGUCAGUUAGUGCUUCAUCUACCAACAGUAGUGCACGUACCAGAUCAUUUGUUGGUCGUGGCGGUAGACGAUGGGCUUCAGAAGGACCGCCGAGACAGAGAGCACAGGCCAGACCACAAAGAGCUGCUAGUUUAGGACGAAGGGCCUCAAGCGUUGGAGCAGCACAAGACAGAAGGCAAAGUCUACAAGAACGGCCGUUCCUUCAGCGUAGACAGGGAGGAUUUGUGGAGAGAAGAGCUCAAAGAAGACAAGGCCCAGCCCUUCCAAGUCCCAGCAACAGAAGACAGUCUCCACUUCGUUUUGGACCAGGACGACGACCAAGCCCAGAGUACAGUGAUCCUGAGGAAAGUAGCACGACUGGAGAGUACGUUUAAAUUUUUAAUUUCAAAUUUAUUUUUUAAAAUGAAAUUUUUUUUUAUUUAAAUUUAUUUUUUCAAAAUAUAAACCUAAAAUUUUAAAUUUCAGCGACGAAGGCGCGGACCCAGACUACGUACCAAGCUCCACUGACGAAGACACUUCUGAAGACGACAAUGGUUUUGAUUCUGGAAGACAAUCUCCAAACAGCUCGUUUUCAUCAUCUUCAAACUCAACCUCAAGUACUUCGAGCUCGGACGGACGACCAGUCUGGGAUCCAAACGAGAACUACAUGUUGUCAUCGGAAGAAGAUUACACUAGCAGUGACGAGUCUGAAUACACUUUGAACUCGGGAACCAGCGAUUCAGGGCAUUUCACCGAAAACGACAGCCGCGACUUUGACGAAUAUGAUGAUGAAGAUGAAGGUAGAGGAGGAGGUGGCCCACAGAUGGGAAUGAUGGGCAUGGCAGAUUGA